GUCGGCGGAGGCGGGGCCUGAAGCACGCCGGGGGCGGGCCCCGGAAACGCUAUCUUCACCCCUUGGUUGCGACAGUGACCUCGACCCGGCCGCGACCCCUACCUGGGUACACCAGUAUGGCCCUGCACGUCUUCCUGACGGGGCCCCCAGGAGUUGGAAAAACAACAUUGAUCCAGAAAACCAGUGAGGUUUUAAAGUCCUCUGGUAUAUCUGUCGAUGGAUUUUAUACAGAAGAAGUCAGACAGGGAGGGAGAAGAAUAGGAUUUGAUGUUGUCACGUUAUCCGGCCCACGGGGGCUUUUAUCUAGAGUUGGGUUAGAACCUCUGCCCGGAAAACGUGAAUGCAGAGUUGGCCAGUAUGUAGUGGAUCUGACUUCCUUCGAGCAGUUGGCACUUCCGGUCUUGAGGAAUGUCCCAACAGUGGCCCAGGGCAGAGAGUGUGUGUCAUCGAUGAGAUUGGGAAAAUGGAGCUCUUCAGUCAGCCCUUCAUCCAGGCUGUUCAUCAGACACUGGCCACCCCAGGGACUGUGGUCCUUGGCACGAUCCCAUUACCUAAAGGAAAACCGCUGGCCUUUGUGGAAGAAAUAAGACACAGAAACGACGUGAAAGUGUUCAAUGUCACCAAGGAAAACAGAAACCACCUCUUGCCAGCUAUUGUGACGUGUGUGCAGAGCAGCAGGAAGUGAGGACAGUUUGUGUUACAGCUUUUCUGCACAUGAAGAAAUGCGCCAGAUGGAGAGCUGAGCAGUGCCCUGCAUGUCAUUGUUUUAUGCCUUCGGGUUUAUGAAACCUUGUGGACUUUUCCAAAGAAAGCCUGACAGCUGGUUUCCAUAAAAUGUUUAAGACAUCAAAUUAGCCUUAAUGCUGGAUUGGCUCUACAAGAUUAACAAUCCAUUGUGAUUUA